GAACUCGGCCUCGACAUAACCGAUGCCCAAAUCCACGAGCUGCAAGCCCACCUGAACGACGUCGACUUCGACGCCGCCGCCGCCGAAGAGAAACUCACCAGGCACGACGUCAUGGCGCACGUGCACGUGUACGCCAAGCAGUGCCCCCUCGCCGCCCCCGUCAUUCAUCUGGGAGCCACGUCCUGCUUCGUGGGCGAUAACACCGACCUGAUCGUCCUCAGGGACGGGCUGGAUCUGCUGCUGCCCAAGGUGGCGGUCGUCAUCCACAAUUUGGCCAAAUUCGCUCGAGAAUACAGAUCUCUUCCUGCUCUGGGAUACACUCAUCUCCAGCCGGCUCAACUCACCACCGUGGGCAAAAGGGCCACUCUUUGGCUGUACGACUUCCUCAUGGACGAGAGAGCUUUGCGCAGGGCGAGAGGGGACCUACGGUUCAGAGGUGCCAAGGGUACUACUGGAACCCAAGCUUCGUUCAUGCAACUGUUCAACGAUAGUGCAAAAGUGAGGGCAUUGGAUAAAAGGGUAGCGGAGCUUUCUGGGUUUGAUAGAACUUAUCCAGUUACUGGACAGACUUACACUAGGAAGGUGGAUGUGGAGAUAGUUGGACAUCUGGCUUCUCUGGGUUCCUCCAUCCACAAAAUGUGCAGCGACCUGAGACUCCUCGCCAACUUCAAGGAAAUCGAGGAGCCCUUCGAAAAGAGCCAAAUAGGUAGCUCAGCAAUGCCCUACAAGCGCAACCCCAUGAGAUCCGAGCGCUGUUGUGCUCUAGCUCGCCACUUGAUGGCCCUAUUCUCCAACGCAGCCAACACCCACGCUGUCCAAUGGCUAGAAAGAACCCUGGACGACUCAGCCAAUAGAAGGCUGACCCUCUCAGAGGCCUUCCUGAGCGCAGACGCUGCUCUGAUGGUGCUCUCCAACAUUACUCAGGGCUUGGUGGUGUACCCCAAAGUAGUAGCUAGAAGAAUCGACCAGGAGCUGCCGUUCAUGUCUGCUGAGAACCUGAUCAUGGCCAUGGUGAAGAAGGGUGGGGAUAGGCAGGUGUGUCACGAGAAGAUCAGGGUUUUGUCUCAGGAGGCGGGGGCUCAGGUGAAGCAGCAGGGGAAGGAUAACGAUUUUUUGGAUAGGGUGAGGAAGGAUCCGUACUUUGCGCCUAUUUUGGGGGAUUUGGAUGGUCUGUUGGAUGCUUCUACUUAUAUCGGGAGGGCUGCGGAGCAAGUGGAGGAGUUUUUGGAAGAGGAAGUCCAGCCUGUGUUGGAAGGUUAUAAGGAUGUGCUUGGGAAGCAGGAGCUUGUUUCUCUCAAUAUAUAG